UGCGGGAGGUAGAGAAACACGCUCUCGGUACAACCCUCAGUCGGGAUGCCGGUCGCGCACCCUCUCGUCCAUCCGGUACCGCGAUGAUCAGUGAGCGACGUGUUCAACGUGUCCCGGGAACCGCGCGCGGCCGACUCCGGCUGUUGACCGGCGCCGUGCUGCUGUCCACGAUCGCGGGGAGUGCAUGGACCGACAACCCCGUCGCAUCCGAGGGACCGAGCUUCAGCGCACCAAUAACAAACGUGACGGUCCCGGUGGGAAGAGAAGCUAUCCUCUCCUGCGUCGUGGCGAACCUUUCUACGUACAAGGUGGCAUGGCUGCGGGUGGACACGCAAACCAUCCUGACGAUAGCCAAUCACGUGAUAACGAAGAAUCACAGAAUCGGCGUCACGCACAGCGAGCACAAAACGUGGCUGCUGCAUAUACGUGAUGUCCGCGAGAGCGACCGAGGGAACUACAUGUGCCAGAUAAACACUGACCCGAUGAAGAGUCAGAUUGGGUAUUUGGAGGUCGUAGUUCCGCCGGAUAUUUUGGAUUAUCCCACGAGUACGGAUAUGGUGGUGAGAGAGGGUAGUAACGUUACGCUGCGUUGCGAAGCAACAGGGUCGCCGACGCCAAACAUCACCUGGAGGAGGGAAGACGGCGAGUUGAUUAUUCUCGGAAACAGCCAGGAAGUGGCCAGUAUUGACGGACCUGUCUUCAAUAUCACGAAAGUGAACAGGUUGCAGAUGGGAGCGUAUCUUUGUAUCGCGUCCAACGGCGUCCCGCCGACGGUCAGCAAGAGAAUUAUGCUCGUUGUACAUUUUACUCCAAUGAUUUGGAUCCAGAACCAAUUAGUGGGCGCGCAAGAAGGCCAACAAAUGACGUUAGAAUGCAACUCCGAGGCGUUCCCCAAGUCCAUCAAUUACUGGACGCGAGAGAACAACGACAUCAUAACAAACGGGGAGAAGUACGAGCCGACCUUCUCGGACAACGUGUACAAGGUGCACAUGAAGCUCAUGAUACGCUCGGUCGCCAUAUCCGAUUACGGCAGCUACAAAUGCAUAUCUAAGAACUCCCUCGGCGAGACGGACGGCAGUAUCAAGCUCUACCAUAUACCAACGCCCACCACGGAGCCGACGACGACGAGCACAGUGCCCGUUCCUACUACCGUGGAUCCAGUGGAGAAUAUCCAGUGGUCGCGACAAAAGCCCGUGCCCAGUCUAGAGCCGAGCUCUAAUGAAAUAACCGACGCAUCUUUGUCGACCGUCGUGAGAAGCGAAGAAACGCGACUGCGCGGCAGACCGAGCCACGAGGAGAGCCACGAGGCCGAGAACGUCAUCGACACUGACAGCCACAAAAGCGUCGACAGUGACGUCGGGCAGCGAAGAGUCGACAAUACGGCGCAGUCGAUGUCGUCUAAAAGCAGCACGUGGUAUUGCGUGACGCGAUCCAGCGCGGCGAUUUGCAUAAUCGUGCUCUCCGCCCUGUCGUAGUCAUCGCGGAGCGAGGAUGAUUGAGUCGAUAUCUCCUUCGAGCUGCAGCAUAAAUGCUGCAGUCUUUCCUCAACCGCGCAAGGGAUCAAUUAAUCGACGAAUUAAGGACGAAUAGUGCGGAUUCACCGAAGGAUCCGCGACUAUUGACGGCCAAGCGGGAAAGACGAUUGUCAUAGUGGAAUUUUUAUUAUGAACUUUUAUUUUACCCUCGUUAGACGGGCGCCAUGUUAUUCGUAUUAGAUCGUUAUAAUCAAUUGUGCCAGCCCUUCUUUUCCCUGUCAUUCAGUCUUUUUCAUACUACGGUGCGAGGAUGGCAAAGAGCUGAAUUUAUCAUAACUGUAGGCGCAGUCCUCUUAGAAACGAAAUUGACGUGUUUCGACAUACUCACACAAAUCAGUAGGUUACAAAAGAAAUAGAAAAGUUUUCGAUGGCUCACUUUGUACAUAUAUAUAUCUUUGCAAAAAGAGACGAAAGGGGGGAAAAAAUAAAUAAAUUAUUUACGAGAGUCACGGAAAAUGUCAGAAAGUGCACCGUUAAUAAAUUUGAUAGAAAAUUACAAACCAGUUGUUUGGGCUGCUUCGGCAGUUCCAAUGUUAAGUUUACUUGCGAGCGUCAGUUACUGACCAAAAAUAGUAAACGCAAUUCGAGCAAUAAUGUAUUUAACGCAGCGAUUUUCAACCACUGUGCCGCGACAGAUCCACAGGUGUGCCGUGAGAAUUUUUUAAACGUGUAACACCUAACUUUAUCUAACUCAGUUUAACUUUAAUCUCGGUUCAGCUUUAUAUCUUUUUCUGGUUUUACAAGUUAGAAAAAGGACAAGUAAUUUAAACCGAGACUGAAGUCUGCAAUCAAAAUUAUACCUAUUUUUUUUUGUUAGAUCGACGAAAACUAUAUUGGGUGGUUGCAUAUAAAACCGUCUAUUCUUGAGCGAAAGAAAAGACAGUGAUUUGAUAGCAAAUCGGCGAAUCGGUUUCUUCAAAGUAUUGCCCAUCGGAACAGACAACCUUGGCUCAUCUUUCGGGCAACAAUCGGAUUCCACGCAGGAAGAACUCGGGUUCUUUGGAAACAAUCCAAUCAUCCGGCCAUUUUUUUUUACUCUUUCGUACGAGGUGAAGUGCUGUGCCGUAAGCGCUGACUGCAUCGACCGGAACAAAUGGAAAUCAGAGGGAGCGAUGUCUGGGGAAUACGGCGGGUGGGGUAGGAUUUCCCAGUUCACUCCUUCUAAGUACUUCUUGACUGGUUGAGCAACACGCGGCCCGGCGUUGUCGCGCUGUAAAAUCAACUUUUCGCGGCAAUUGUUCCGUUUCGGCCCUUUCUCGUGCAGAGCUCGCUUCAAACGGAUCAGUUGCAGUCGAUAACGAUCUCCAGUGAUGGUUUCCGAGGGUGUCCUCAGCGAAGCGGCGAAACCACUCUUUGCACGUUUACUCAAUAGAGCGUGUUCGGCAUACGCUUCCUCUAGCAAACGAUACGUUUCCGCGGGCGACUUCUUUGCCAGGAAAUAAUGAAGCACAACUUGCCGCAAAUGUGACUUAUUUGGGACAAAACUUGCCUCCGUAAACAUAGGGGA